GCUGCAGGCGAGCAAAGCAGCCGGUCUUUUGCCAUAGUUAAAAUAAGAAACAAGCGCCGCUGCCAUGAACGACGAGGAGAUUAUAAAACAGCGUCUGCUUAUCGAUGGCGAUGGCACGGGCGAAGACCGCAGACUGAACAUGCUCUUAAAACAGUUCCUGAAAUGGGCCAAUUCCAAGAACGACUCCCCGGAGACCAAUCAAAUAAUGUUCGAUCGGUUGAUGGCGCAGCUGGCACAAUGUCAAUUUGCCGCAUUGAAAAAUGUGCAAACGCUGCGGAUGAUCCAGGAGGAACAGGAGAACUACACGAAGCUGGCGGAGAAGCAUCAGGAGAGCAUCGAAUUGGCCAAGGAGGAGAUCGAGGCGAGCAAGAAGGAGCUAAUCAUAGCCAAGGAAUUGCGAAAAAAUAAAAUGGAAUACGAUUUGCUCGCCUCGCUCAUCGAAGCGCAGCCGGAUCGCAAGGCCACCGAGAAACAAAUCGAGACCAUCAAAAAGGAGAUCGACAAGCUGACACAGAAGAAGCUUAAGAUGGAGUUCAAGUUCCAGAAGCGUCGUAACGACUUCACUCUACUGAUGUACACCAUACACGAGCUGGAGCAGCAGCUGGAGGAGGAGAACAGCUCGGGCUCGUCGUCUUCGUCAAGCGAAAGCGACGCCGCAUCCGUUGAUAAUAUCGACAAUAAUGGCAUCAUGGAGGUCAGCGACGAGGAUGAUGACGAUGAACUGAACAACGUUGUGACCAACAAAUUCGAUAGCAAUCGCGGCAAGCCCAAGGAAAACUCCGCCUCAACGGAGAGCUCCAAGGAACCCAUAACCAUGUCUGUCGACGAGGAUGCCGUGCUGGAGCUGAGCAUUGAAAAGGAUGAGCACGACGUGGACGUGGCCGUGGCCAGUUAGAAUAGGAGUACAAAUUAGUUAUACAAUAAUUAA